AAAAUAAAAUAAAAUAAAAUAAAAUAUGACCUCCCAAAGGCCGCCUCCACUCUGUUUACUUUCAUCCUCCCCUAGCUCUCUCUAGAUCCCAAACCUUCCAUAAACUCCCAUGAAAUUAUUGCUCCUUCUGAUUCAUAAUUAAGACCCAGAAUUAAGAAGUAAAUCUCUUUGAGAUAGCUUUCCUCAUUUGAUUACCUCCAAUUCUCUUCAAAAACAUUCCUUUAGUUGAACUCUUUCCUUCUUUGCUCUUGCCAGCGCAACUGUCCUUUGAUUCCUUUCAAAGCCUCUCCCCUCUCUCUUUCUCUACAUAUAUUUCUUUCUCUAUUUCUUGAUGACCCAUAGUUGAUUUCUGAUUCAAUUUGGGGGCUUUUUUUUUUUGAGGCAGUUCAACGUCGAAAGGUGGAAUGAAUUAAAAAAAAAAAUUGCUGUUUUGAUGACAGUUGAAGCUAUGGGGGAAGAGAGAGAUGAGUUUCCUGUGGGAAUGAGAGUUCUUGCUGUGGAUGAUGAUCAAACUUGCCUGAAAGUGCUUGAAGCUAUGCUUCGCCAGUGCAAAUAUCAUGUAACAAUAACUAAUCAGGCAGUUAAGGCUCUGAAGAUGUUGAGGGAGAACAAAGACAAAUUUGAUCUGAUCAUCACUGAUGUCCACAUGCCCGAUAUGGAUGGUUUUAAGCUUUUGGAACUCGUUGGCCUCGAAAUGGACCUCCCUGUUAUCAUGUUGUCUGCCAAUGGGGAUACAAAAGCUGUAAUGAAGGGGAUUACUCAUGGAGCUUGCGAUUAUCUCUUAAAACCAGUUCGAAUGGAAGAACUCAAAAAUAUAUGGCAGCAUGUUAUUAGGAAAAAGAAGUCGGUUCCACGAGAACAUAAUAAUUCUGAUAAAGGACCAUCUGAGGCAGGACAAGGUUCUGUCAACAGUGAGUCCUCAGAUCACAAAGUUAAUAGAAAGAGGAAGGAUCAGAAUGAGGAGGAAGAGGAUGAAGAUGAGGAGAAUGUGAAUGAAUCCGAAAAUUCAUCUCAACAGAAAAAGGCGAGGGUUGUUUGGUCAGUUGAUCUUCACCGAAAGUUUAUGGCGGCUGUUAACCAUUUGGGAAUCAACAAAGCUGUACCGAAAAGAAUCCUGGACCUUAUGAAUGUUGACGGGCUAACAAGAGAAAAUGUUGCAAGCCAUCUACAGAAAUAUAGGCUAUACCUAAAAAAGGUUGCAAGCCAGGAGGCAAAUAUUGCUGCUGCUUUUGGAGUAAGAGAUUCCUAUCUACCUCUAGCCACAGUGGAUACCUUUGGAGAUUUCCAUUCAUUCGCAUCUUCGAGUCCACUAACAUCGCUUCCUUCUCUUCAACAAAAUGCCGGGUUUAGUAGAAAAGCUCCCUCUGUGUUUGGACAUAACAGCAUUUCUCCUGGAUUAGUUCAAGCACGCCGAAUGCAAAAUACAAUCAAUCCUAUUAGUGAUCUCAGUACAGGAAACCAACAUGGGAAUUUGCCUCAGAGCACGUCAGCAACUUUGGGUUUGAACCAAAUUCAACAACAAAACAACCGGUUUCCUGGUACUUUUCCUGCUGGUGGCAUGGGAACUUGUAGCUCCAAUAUCUCUAUUGGAUCGGUGAUUAAUAACCCUCAAAUAUUACCAACAAACUACUCUCCUAGAGGAUUAUCAUCCACAGGACCUUUUCAGGUGAAUUCUGGAGUUUUGUCCAAUGUGCUUGAUUCUGUUAGAUGUAAUGAUACAUGGCAAAGUCCCAUUCCUGCCAUUCCUUUGACUAGUAGUGCAAAUACAUUGCCAAUGAGUUCUAGUGUUUCUACUGUUGUCUCCCAAUUAAGCGACAACUCAACUUUUUCUCCAAGCGGUACAAUGAUGACACCUCAGAGUAAUGCUGUAAUUGGAAAUAUGAUGCUUAUGCUGAAGGGGGCUAAUCAAGAUUCAUCAAAGUACUUAAAUUUUGAGAGCAUGGGAAAUGGUCAGCAGCAAAAUCAUGAACUAAAUAUUACAUUCAGUUCUUCCUUGAAUCCCUCAAUGGCAGCUCAAUCUAUAGUUGAUAAUGCUUCUCACAGUCAGAGAUUGGGUAAUGGAAUGUAUAGAAAAAACGCAGUUAAUAAUAUGAGCGGACUGACCAAUUAUGGUAAUAUGUUUCUCUCUCAAGAAUGCAAGAAUGAUAAGUCAAUGGCGGAUGGGCAAUUGAAGGAUGGGUAUUGUUUGGAGAAUUCGACAUUACAAGGGGGGUUGAGUUUAAAUGGGUACAACUUUGAUGAACUUGAGAAUAUGAUCAAACCGGAACGGGAGGAUACCCUCUUCUGGGAUGGGUGAAGUUGUGUGAGGCAUCGAACGUUAAAGUCCAUCUUAUGAGUGUUUCUGCCUCAAAUCAGUCUCAACGCUCCUUGAAAAGUUCAUGUUAUAAUGUAGGCAGCUUCUAAAUUAACCAUUGUUUGGUUGUGCUUUCCUUUUUCCUAGAAUAGGAUAUAUAAGUUUGAUACUUGUGACCAACAUACUGUCUGAUGUAAUUGGUUUUAGUUAUAUCAUCUCGGUUUCCUGUGUGGUUUCAAUGUGCAGAGAUUACUGUAGUGAAGGGAGUUGGAUUAGUUUAGGUUGGAUAUUUGAAUUGUAAAGGUUAAUGAGGAUAGGGAUUCACAACUUCUGACUGGUUUUUUUUUUUCAAAUCGAAAAUUUAUGACUGACCAAUGAACUGGUGUUGUGUUGUUAU